AUGGAUACCUCCAGCAUCAUCCACCAUCCUCACAACCGAUGGAGUAAUCCAAGCUCUGACUCUGAGCUCUACAGUGUCUCCUCUCCUGAGACUGUCUCUCCAGCACCUUCUAUGGACCACAAUUGCUCUCCGUCUUACCAACCCAAGCUCACCGGGCUUCACAAAGCUACUUCCAGACUGACCAAAACACCCAGUUCUACCUCAGGCCUUUCCAGGAGGACAAGAAGAGCUCGACUGAAGAACCCGAGCGAGCAACGUCAGAAUGCCAGCGAGAAAGAGAAACUCAGGAUGAGGGACCUAACAAAAGCUCUGCACCAUCUCAGGACCUACCUGCCUCCAUCGGUGGCUCCAGUCGGACAGACGUUGACCAAGAUAGAGACUUUGCGCCUCACCAUUCGCUACAUCUCGUACCUAUCAGCUCAGCUUGGGCUCAGUGAAGAAUAUCUGUCUCAGAGGAAGCAGAUAAGCAAUGGAGAUGAAUGGAGAGCCUCACCAGAGAUUCUGGGCUACUUUCAAUGCAGAUCAACAAGCACAGAUUGGGGAGAGGGACAAGGAUAUGGUGAUUACAAAGAACAGCAUCAGACUGGGAGCAGUGUGGAGUUCUCGGAUCAGGGAUUGGACAUGAGCCAGUACACACAACUCUCAGAGCCAAUAACGGAGCAGAUCUACAGUAUGGAGACCAACACAUUUCAGCAACAGCAACAGUGUGCUCAGUUCACACAGUCCUGCCAGGUUUAUGGCUAUCAGCUUGUUCCCCCGGCUUUUUGGAGCUGA